AUGCCAACCCUCUUUCUUUCCGACUCAGAGGACGACGAUGCGCCCCCGACGCCUCGCCAUCACACCGAGCCAGCUCAGUCCCAGGCCCAUGCAAAGCCACAACAAGAAGCAGAACCUGCGCGGAAGAGAAUGGAGGAUGCGGCUGCCAAUGUCCCCCGACACCCGAUUCCCGCCAUGCAGUCGGCCUUUGCCGAGUCCUUGAUCGAAGCCACGACCAAUGCUGCGGCGCAAAAGCCUAAGCUGAGCUUCGGCGACGCUAAAACACGUCACAACCAUCUGAUUGACGCCGAAAGGGGUGCCGAACUAUAUGCCGAGCUGUGGCGAUACCGCCCAGGCCAGUCAUAUCAUGAGCUGUGGAAGCUCAUGGCCCAGGUGUCCUUUGGCGUAUACCUGUUGCUGAACGGCAUCGCCAAUAGCAACAUACAGGUUGUCAACAUCCUGCAGGGACACAUCGACGAGGUGGAUGAGUUUCUCGAAGUGGCCAUGGAGGAUGUCAAUUUCGCCAUCGAGGAUGUCAAAGAGCGAAUCGAUUUCCUGAAGCUGCCAAUGAACAACAUGUCGACUUUCGAAAAGAUGCUUGAGGAUCGCAAGUUCCGCCUGCAGAUCGUGACUGGAAACGAGAGAAUCGAGCACAUUGUCGAUCGGACUACCAUGGCCCUCGAGGCAACACUGAAUGACGUCGAGGAGGGUCUAAAGUCGACCAAGGAAUUCGCCGUCUAUCUGGGGGAUCAGCAGAAUCGUCCAUGGCGCCAGCAGCGACCCGAUGUCGUGGAUAUUUUCGACGCCAUGAAGGGAAACGCCGAGGGGUGGUACAAGGCCUUUGUCGACCUGCAGGAAAACGCCUCCGUCCUGGAUUCUCUUCUGACCAAGAUCGGCCAGAUGGUGGCUGAGAUGAAUCUAAGAGCUGGCGAAGUCAGCAGAAGGACAAGGGUAAGUCCCAGUGGGUUUGAGCUCAACCUACGAGCCAGUGCAUUGAUGCCUCUUCAGUUCACUGUCGAGCCAUUCUCUGGGUCAGCCACGGACGCCACACACCCGCAACAAGCCUCGUCCAAGGCUUCCCAAAGAUCGUCUUCGUCCACGAGUCGACGACCUUCGGAUCCCUAUUUUGCCUCGCACUCCCCAUGCACUUCAACUGGUAGCGCGUGUUUUCGAUCUCCGCCUGCCUCUCCUUCGGCGAGGGACACCUUGCCAGAUUUUCAGUAUAAGCCUCCACAGACGUCGGACACGGCUUUGUGGACAGUGCCCAUUUUGGAGAUAGAUACCGAACCAGAGCCGCAAAGAGAGAGUCUAAGACCUAGCCCUAUAGAGGAAGAGGGGCUCUUUAUUCUCCAACCGCGUACCUAUACGCCUCUACCCCCGGCGCCUUUGCCGUCUCCCAUGGUUCAAGAUCACCCGAUGGACUCGAGAUAUGAGCCAAGGCCGGAGGAUAAACCUGCGAAAAGAACCUCGUUGCGUCAACGAUUAUCUCAAAGAGGAAACAAUCCACCUCAAUCGAUUCAAGUACCGCCGAGGAACGUCAAUCGUGGAAAGUAUGAGUCUCCACGCGAGUCUCCACGACCCCCCCAUGGUCCGGAUUCAGCAUAUGGCUCGGACGCCGAGGGACGACCGCCGGUGUACCUGGACGCAAGCAUGUUUGUCGACUUACCUCCUCCUGCUAUGCCCAACACGAUCCCUUCUCCACUGAGCGACAAACAAUUCUUCCGGCCAGUGCAAGCAAGUCCACACUCACCAUUGCAACAACGACCGUGGACAGCUGUGACGGCACCUGCACAUAUGCACCGUCCUCACACCUCGGCGACGCACCACCAGUACAGCCAUCAGCGCAAUGCACCUUCGACCAUGGGAAUGAGCAUGCUGAGCAAUGUGACCACAGCGAACACAGAGCAUAAGAAACUCAAGAAGAAGAAGAGCGCAUUUGGAUGGCUGAAAAAGGCUUUCUCAUUGGACGAGGAGGAGCGUGCAGCUUUUGAGGCCAAGAGGCAGCAACAAUCACCCAAUCUGUACCAGGACGGACGGAGCCCCAAGUUUCUUGAUGGCCGACGUGUGGAGGAGCCUAAACGCUACUAUUGA